AUGCCGAGGCCUCCAGCCAGCCCAGACCCUGUCACCCUCGGCGGCGUACGCCCUGGAAUCGAAAUCAACAGGAGCAACUACCGAGAGCCAGGCCUGCCUCCCACCUCUGCUACUGUGCAGGUCACGUGCCCUGACAUCCAGAUCGACUCGGCGGUGGAGAAGGACGAAGAGGGCCCGGCCUCCCUCGCCGCCCGCCUGGCCGUCCCCAGGAAGCCCUUCUCGCAGAGACCCUCCUGCUUGGGGAAGGAGCUGGGGGCGUCGGAGGUGCCAGCGCAGAGCCCCCUGGACCCCGGCCAACCUCUGCCCCUGCUCUCCUCCUCCCCGACGGCUCCUGUCAGCACCUUCAGCUUUGAGCCCCUCAGCAGCCCCGAGGGGCCGGUGGUCAUCCAGAACCUGCGGAUAACCGGUACCAUCACUGCCCGAGAGCACAGCGGCACCGGCUUCCACCCCUACACCCUCUACACCGUCAAGUAUGAGACGGCCCUGGAGAGCGAGAGUGCUGGCAGCCUUCAGCAAAUGGCCUACCACACCGUGAACCGCCGUUACCGGGAGUUCCUGAACCUCCAGACCAGGCUGGAGGAGAAACCGGAGCUCCGCAAGUUCCUGAAAAAUAUCAAAGGCCCAAAGAAACUGUUCCCUGAUCUCCCAUUUGGAAACAUGGACAGCGAUAAGGUGGAAGCCAGAAAAAGUCUCCUAGAAUCUUUCUUGAAGCAAUUAUGUGCAGUCCCUGAGAUCGCAAACAGUGAGGAGGUGCAGGAGUUCCUUGCCCUGAACACUGAUGCCAGGAUCGCGUUCGUCAAGAAGCCCUUCGUUGUCUCCAGGAUAGACAAGAUCGUGGUCAAUGCUAUUGUGGACACGCUGAAGACAGCGUUCCCGAGAUCAGAGCCCCAGAGCCCCACGGAGGAUCUUAGCGAGUCAGAAGUGGAUGGAAAGUCUCAGACAGAUGGGAAGAAGGCUAACAAGUCCAGGCUGAGGUUCCCAUCCAGUAAAAUCACUCCAGUGCUGAGUGUGGGUGAAGCACAUGACAGGGUCCUGUACUCCCUGAGAGAGGGCAGUGCCGUCUCUGACACCCUGUCGCUGGCGGGUAUGGAGUCCUUCAUUCAGAAGCAGGAGAAGCUGCUGGAGGCAGUGCCCAGCACUGCCCCCGAAGGCGAGGGAGGUAGAGAAGCCAAGGAAUUCUGCGUGCACCGGGAAACGGAUGUGCUGGGCACAUCGCAGCAGGGGACGCAUCCGGACGCGGGCGCUGACUCUGAGACAGCUUUGGCUGACCUGGCCCUGGACUUGCUGCGUCUGCUUCUGAUGGAUCACUGGAGCUGGCUAUGCACAGAGAACAUGCAGAAGGCCAUCGACCUGCUUUUCGGGACCCUUAUUCAAAGGUGGCUGGAAGUCCAGGUGGUUAACCUGACCUGCACCCAGCGUUGGGUCCAGUAUCUCCAGUUGCUGCAGGAAUCCAUCUGGCCUGGAGGAGUUUUACCAGCAGUGCCUAAGCCCGUCAGGACACAGGAGCAGAAGAAAGCAGCAGCAGAGCAGGCCUUGCAGAGCUUGAUGGGACUCUUACCUGAAGUGAUCCAAGAAAUCCUGGGAACUAGUAAAUGUCGCCUGAGCUGGAACCUGGUCCUGGAGUCACUGAGUCAGCCUGUGAUAAACAGGCACCUGGUUUUCUGCCUCUUGGACAUUCUGCUGGAGUUCUUAGUUCUGAAGGACUCCAGCGAUGAGCUCGAGACAACAGCUGUCGUGCCGUCUGCCUCUAGCAGCUUGGAGAAAGCAGGCAUUUCAGCACAUUAACCAGGGCUGGCAUAGCCAGCAGUGCAGAAGAGAAGCCACAGGCAUAGGAUGAUUGAUCUCUUUUUUUCAGUAUUUGCUGAACCUGUCUGGGAGCUUCUUGUAAAGAAUUCCUCCAGCCAGUGCUAAAUGAGACUUCUUCCAGGCUUCUCUGUUUCGCCUGUGUGAUAGAUUAAAACCAGUGUCAGUGGCUGGAGAUGUUUUUCCGCCGUAUAGUGUCUGUUCCGUUGCUGACAUGAUGGAGAGCCUGAAUGGAAGAUGCCUGAUCUCUGCUGAGCUGGACCGUCUGAGAAGGACGUGCAGGCUGGUCACAAACCUCCUUUGGAUGUAGUUUUGUGUUCCACGUGUCUGAACAUCCCGCACAGAUAAAAGUUGAUGGCACAUAAGCUUUGCUCUUGUGGCCUCAAGCUUCAUCUGGCGCUGACAUGCAGAGAUAUGACAUGACAGUACCCUCUUAACCUAUCCUAGAGAAACAUCUGUCAAAGGAGGACCAAAUGCUGUCCUUGCUUCCUCUAAGCAGCCAGCCCUGUGCCUGUCUUGUUCCCUCUGCUUUACCAGAAGGCAAAUGAGGAAAAAAUGGAGCACAGAGAUGCGAUGAUAGCCCUCAAGUCAGAAUCAGGAACCCGUUCGCCUGCCCAACUACCUGCCAAGUCCAAAGGGAUGCAGAAAUCAAAGCUGCUGUCCUGCCUUAGGGAGACGGAUGAGCUGCCUUGCGCUACCACCGCUCCAGUGUGGUCUCGUUCUGGCACUUUUUGCUGCCUAAACAGAGGGAGGCAAGUAGGGUAAACUGUGGUGCUGGAAAACAGGACUGUCCCUAGGCUUGAAGAGGGCCAGUGGCUUAGUUGGACCUGUUGCCCUGUGUUCUGCCUCCUGAGACAUGUUUUAGUCAGUCCCAGAGGCUCUCAUCUGGAAGGCGUGACAGAAAAUGAGCUGGCCCAUGUGUGACACAUGGCAAGUAAAUCAGCUCCCAUGCCAAAAUGCUUGUCACAGUCAAGCUCUUGGAGAGGAGUGAACACCUCUGAGCUUGGGAGGAAUAUCGGACACAUCUCAAGGCAGCCUGUGGGUUAGACCACCACAAAUGGCUUGCAAGCACCACCUUAAUUCUGCUGUUGAUUGCUAUCUCACCAUGCUUUUGUUUGCUAUGCCUGCUGUAGUAACAGCUGUGUGCAGGGUGCUCUGGAAAGCUUGUAAGGUCCUGCCAUCCAGUGCCAAAUGGCAUGUUUGUCUGACAUCCAAGAACAUCCCAGAUUUCAGUGGUUUUGCAAGCUUACAUUGCCUAGCUGUCUAAUAUGUGGCAGAGCAGAUGGACAAGGAGAAUGCACACCAACAGAUCUAUUAAUCCGAGGGUAUGGAUCGUCAAACUGACCGGCACUGGACUUUAUUGUUCAAGUGGACGCUGCUUCCUGGCAUUUGCUACAGAUUAAGCACUUGGAAGACCCAGCAAGAGAGAAGUGUGCAGGAUCACAGCUAGCUUUGAUGCUACAGUAUCACAUGGUGCAUUUCAUACAGCCUGCUGUUCCUUUGAGCUGGAGCUGGACGCUCUGUGGCACAUUUGGAGAGAAGGCUGCGUGCCUCCAGCGUGUGUACUGUUGAGAGCGCAGGCUCUGCUCUUUCCAGAGGCAACUGCUUAAUAAUGGAGGCGCGUGUGUGCUUCUUCACGCUUCCGUUGUUUGUGUGAUGUGUGAUAAAUACUGGGAAGGAUUAGAUUACUGCCAGCAAGUGUAGUUUUAGGGAGCUCCAAAGACAUCCCAAGACCAGGCAGAAUACAAUGAAAUGAAGCAAAGCAAUCUUUACUUCUGUUAUCAGUGUAAUUUCUCAACAGUGGCACUUCGGAGAGAGUCAGUUUGCCUCCUGCUUGGAAAAGGGGAGAGCAUGUGCAUCAAGUAACUGAAGAGCAGAUGAGGCAAAGCACUGGGGAAUGUUUUAUAGAGGCCAAUCCCAAACGGCCAAGGAGUAGGCUGGGGAGGCAGGGCUCCCAUAUGUCCAUAGGCCCAACAUUCACUUACAGCCCGCGCUGUACCCUCUCUUUUACUACCAGGCUCCCGUUUUCCUUUUUUUUCCUGUGACUUGCAUUUGUUACAUCCACUCUCCGGAGAGGAGUGGGAGAGGCAAGAGGAAAAGGAGCCAUCAGCCAGGGACAAUAUAGCAAAGCCAUGUAUUGUAGUUGGUGGCGUCACAGAUGUUCUUGGUGUGCUUGCUUGCAAUUGCUUCCUCAUUGACUUUAUAGUCUUGGAGGCCAGAGACUGUAGUCUGUCAUUGAUUAAGAAUAUCAUUUAAAAAGCUGUUUGCUGAGAAGGAUCGUUCAGACGUGGACUGUGCUGCCCGCUCCACAUGAGGUCAGAGGUCUCACCCAGGCCUUACGGACACUGCAUGUGGCAUUGGAAGGAUGAGCUUCCACUUCUUGUUCUCCAGGAAAGCUCUAAUAUUCCUGCCUUUAACCGUGACCUCUGACGUUACACAAAUGACUCCAUAGUCAUUCCUCUUGAUGGAAAUAAUUUGUGAUUUCCGCUGGCGGGCUCAGAGGAGCAUAGCUUGAGAGCCGGCACUUCGCUGGAAUGCUGUGACAAUGAUUUGCAGUUGUACCAGACAACCGCUUUGUGUGUGUAUUCCUCUGCUCCUUUCAUGCAAGGACCUUGAAGCUUGCGUUCUGCAGGCUUGAAUUAACUUCCAGAGCUUGCUCACGUGGCAAAGUAGCAGCAUCUCUCCUCUGUUUACGUUGGAGGAGCUGGGGCAGAGAGAUGGAGUGAGUUUACAAAGCGCAUGCACUUCAAGUCAGUGACAGAGUCAGGAACAGACCCCAGGAGUUUGGAUUGAGAGAUCUUUGUUUUAAUCUCCAGAACCCCCUUUCUUUUCCUAGAGCAAGGAAAACAGAAACCAAGACUCCUGGAGCCCUUUCUCAUGCUCUUACUGGCUAGGCUUCAAGCUCCCAUUCUCUCCUUCAGAGAUCUUAGGCCGUUCUCCCAGGAACAGCAUAGGAACAAGUAGCCCCUCUCUAUAUCUUGUUGUUAAGGAGUAUAAAACCCAUUAACAAGUUGAGAAUUUUCUUUUCUUAAUGUCAGUUCUUUGCUCUGCCAGAAUUUUCAGGUUAAGUUGAGCACAACAGUGGCAAAGGCAAACUCCUGCAUUCAGGUGGGCUGAAAGUUUAUUUCCUCUGGACUAUGACUGAAAGCACUGCUUUGGUAAAACAAACAAAGCCCACAAAAAAAACAAUGCACUCUGGCUCUAAUACUUCCAGCAAGCUCCCUUUUCCGCAGGAAUUUGUUUAGAAGGCUUGAGUCACCUCUUACUGAAGGGAGGCUGAUGAGAGCAGCCAGAAAUAAUACGUCAACCGAAAGCCUUGCAGAUCUCUGACAUCAUGUUAGACGCAGAGCAGCACGUGGUUCAGAUGGGCAUCCUGCCCUUUAGAAAGGGUGAGUUCUUGAGUCAUUUUGAAUGUGUGAAAUGAACUGAAGCAGAGACCAGGGUGGUCCUGGCUGUAUGUCCUACUGGAGAUGCAUGGUCUGCCUCCAGCCUGCCACCAGAUGACUGUUUGGCUUGGAGGAAAGCAUUUCAUUUCUCUCUGCCUCAGUUUCCCUUGUCAUUGGCUAAAUAGAGUCUGAGCUCCCUGGGAGCAGGCUCUGCUUAUGUGCAUGUGCAGCACUGAGCACAGUGUUACAGAGCUUCAGGAUGCCACCAAAAGCAAAAUAAUGGUUGCUAUAUUGAGCCAGAGCUUGUUUUUCAGUUUUCACGAAAAAAGCGUGUAACCUGGUACUGAAUCCCUGUCAUCUUUCCAGUAUUCAAACCUCUGUGUCAGCUAUUUGUGGGUUUUGCCUUUCAAAUUUGUGUAGAGCGGUGCUGUCCUGAGAACCUAUUUUGUCAUCAGUGGGGAACAAACUGGUGCUCUGAAGUACUCGUGACUUCUGCUCUGACUGUGUAUGAUAAUACCCCAUCUCAAACAUAAUUCUGCAUUUGGAUUUAAAAUUCACCCUUGCCAAGAAGCCGCCUAUCAGACAGCGCAUACAAAGAAAAGAGAGAGCAAGCAGGGGGGGAGGCAAGAAAGCCCAGGCUGGAGUGGGAAGCAGGGGCUUAGCUCCUUUAUCAGUAGUGCUUGAUUGAAAAUGCGUAUUUUUGGUGGAAUCCAGGAACUUGCAGUAGGGUGGAAUGGCCAACUUUUCUACUGCCCUUUGGCUGGAAAACCUGACGCUGGUUAGUGGUGGUCACGGCCUGCUCAGGACAGAAAUAGCUUAAAGGGCAGGUUGUCAUCUCCCCAGGUGUUAAUUGUGUCCCAAGGUACAGGGCUGGUGGCAGUGGGUCUGGGACAGCGGUUUGCCCUGGCACACGGGCAGCGUUAGCGAGGAUGGCAGCAACUGCGGUGGAAGCAGGGUUCGCUGCUAAGGCAGGCAGCUCCAGAGCCCGGGCUUGCAGCUUGGUCAGAGAGGGGGAACAGUUCUCCCAUCUCUGGUGCCAUCAGCAUUGCUUCUCUCUCCCUGAUAAGCCAACUUCUUGAUUUAGGAUUUCCAGUGAGCGUGGGACCAGAGAAGCAAUUUGGAGCGCUUCUGGAGGGAAGUGAAAAACACCCAGAUAUGCUGGGUCGUGCAGACCGGGCUCCACAUCCCUUGAGCUCUGCUGUGUAGGAAGUUCACCUUGAUAUCAGUCCUGCAGGAGGAAAGCUGGUAAGCUAUAAGGAAACAGGAGAGAAUGUCUCAAAAAGAAAAAAUUCCCUGUGAAAGUUGAAAUAUUAUGUUGGAAAAAAAGUAGAAGGAGGAGGAAGAACUUGAUACAAUGAAUGCUUGGGUCAUGUAUUAUUGUAGAUUAGCUCUGCCACGAGCAGAUCCUGAACGCCCUAUGAAAUCCAUUACCUACAAGCCAGUGAACAUUUGUACAGCACAUGAUGCAGGGAUCAUAGCUGAAGCCAAAUUCCCCUCUAUAAUAUCCUCUCCAGGGUAGACUGGUCCCUUUCCAGUGUCAACAGCUGGAGGAUUAAGCAUUUAUCUCUGCAGAACAGUGGAUAAUUAAUACCAGAUCGAACUAGGGCUACGCUCGAGAGAACUUGCUUGUGUUGUAGUUGUGACCGAGUGUGGCUUUACUCCUGCAGGCGAGUUGGGGGAGCAGGAUGGGGUCUAGUCUGUACCAGCUGGGCAGGUGUUGUCUCGCUGAUGCGUGCCUUGUAGCAGCGCGUCAGGCUUCCCCAGUGAAGCUGAGAGGGGACUCUCUCGUUAUGGCCCCGGGCGGUAGGCAGUAGGGCCCAAAACUCAUCAGGAAACCUUUCCUUCCAGCAAAGCUUUAGAAGAAUGAAAGCAGGAUGCUGUGAUUUGUCAUAUUGUGGACUUAAAUGGAAAAUCCAGGUUUUGGCACUUCUGGCUUUCUUGAAAUAAAUUAAUGCCAUUAUCCUGGCCACAUUCCAGUUCA